UUUUGUUAGAUUUCUGCAGAUCGAGCAUGGGUUCUGGUGUAUAUAAGAGCUACUAGACUCUGCACUAGGUACUGGGAAACUACAUCCACAGUCUAACUAAAAUGGGAAAGAUCAUCUUCUACGAGGACAGGAACUUUCAGGGCCGCUGCUAUGAAUGCAGUGGUGACUGUGCUGAUCUCCACUCUUACUUCAGUCGCUGCAAUUCCAUCAAAGUUGAUAGCGGCUGUUGGAUGCUGUAUGAGCGCCCCAACUUCCUGGGCCACCAAUAUUUUCUAAAGAAGGGAGAAUAUCCUGACUACCAGCAAUGGAUGGGCUUCAGCGACUCAGUCAGGUCUUGCAAAGUUAUUCCACAGCAAAAAGGUCCCCACAAAAUGAAGAUCUAUGAGAAAGAGGAAUUGAAAGGCCAAAUGCUGGAAGUCUUGGAAGAUUGUCCAUCCGUCUUUGAGCUCUUUAAAAACCAUGACAUCAAUUCCUGCAACGUUCUUGAGGGUCAUUGGAUUUUCUAUGAGCAGCCCAACUAUCGUGGAAGGCAAUAUUUCCUAAAACCUGGAGAAUACAAGCGAUUUAGCGACUGGGGAUCCCUCAAUGCUAGAGUAAGCUCCUUCAGGAGAGUCUUGGAUUCAUGCUAAAUUCCUGAUAAUUAAUGAUCAGGAGAAUGUGUUCUUCCUGACAAAAUAAAAUAAAUAUAUGCAACUGACUAUG